AUGUUCUACUACGCAGUUUUUACUACAUUUACUAUUCUUAUUGUUGGCUCGAAUACUAAACUAAUAAGAUCAUUGACACAUAAACCUAAACCAUGUUGUUUACCGAAACAACAUAGUUCACAAAUGAUUAUAUCAACUAGUAUGGUAUUACUAGAUAAUAAACUACAUAGUUCAUACAGUAUGAAAGAUGGUCAAACUUAUACAAUAGAUCAAGAUUCAAAAAUAUGUCAUAAAUCAAUAAUAUCACAAAAACCAUUUUAUUGUAUACCAGAGACAGCAGUAUAUCAAUACUCGUCUAUAUAUGGAUAUGGUGAUAAACAAAUUAUUGGUGAUACAUGGCUUAUAAUAGAAGAUGAAGCAAUGAGAUAA